AUGAAGCCGGCGCGGCUGCUGCUGCUGCUGAGCGGGUACGCGCUGCUGCUGGCGCCGGCCGUGCGCGGCUGCGGGCCGGGCAGGGUGGUGGGCAGCCGCCGCCGCCCGCCCCGCAAGCUCAUCCCGCUCGCAUACAAGCAGUUCAGCCCCAACGUCCCCGAGAAGACGCUGGGGGCCAGCGGCCGCUACGAGGGCAAGAUCGCGCGCAACUCGGAGCGCUUCAAGGAGCUGACGCCCAACUACAACCCCGACAUCAUCUUCAAGGACGAGGAGAACACCGGCGCCGACCGGCUCAUGACCCAGCGCUGCAAGGACCGCUUGAACUCCCUGGCCAUCUCUGUCAUGAACCAGUGGCCAGGGGUGAAGCUGCGGGUGACAGAGGGCUGGGAUGAGGAUGGGCACCACUCAGAGGAGUCACUGCAUUACGAGGGCCGAGCCGUCGACAUCACGACCUCAGACCGGGAUCGUAACAAGUAUGGCAUGCUGGCUCGCCUGGCCGUGGAGGCUGGCUUUGACUGGGUCUACUACGAGUCCAAGGCACACAUCCACUGCUCCGUCAAGUCAGAGCACUCGGCCGCUGCGAAGACGGGUGGCUGCUUCCCUGGGCGGGCACUGGCAAUGCUGGAGGAUGGUGUGCAGACACCGCUGUGGGCCCUGCGCCCAGGCCAGCGGGUGUUGGCGAUGGACGAGGCAGGCAGGCCCACCUACAGCGACUUCCUGGCUUUCCUGGACAAGGAACCCCGUGCCCUCACCUCCUUCCAUGUCAUCGAGACGCGGGAGCCACCGCGACGCCUGGUGCUGACACCCACCCACCUGCUCUUUGUGGCUCAGAACUCCUCGGCGCCCACCGCCCGCUUCCGCCCCACCUUUGCCAGCCGUGUGCGCCCUGGACACUUUGUGCUGGUGGUGGCGGAGGGCGGUGGCUUGCAGCCCGCCGAGGUAGUGGCGGUGCGGGACCGCAGGGAUGUGGGGGCCUAUGCCCCACUGACGCGGCACGGGACGCUGGUGGUGGACGGUGUGGUGGCCUCCUGUUUCGCCCUGGUGCAGGAGCAACAUCUGGCACAGCUGGCCUUCUGGCCACUUCGGCUCUACCACAGCGUGGUGGGGUGGCCAGGGGUACAGGGGGACGGCGUGCACUGGUACUCAGGGCUGCUCUACCACCUGGGAAGGCUGCUCCUGCCCCCCGACAGCUUCCACCCGCUGGGGGUACCCCAGAUGGAGAGCUGAGGGUGCACCCCAGCCAGUGCUGCUGGUGGAGGUGGUGGCUGCAGGGCGGCUCACCGGAGGCCAGCACCCCCUCCCAAACCUGGGUGCCCAUGUAGAGCUGCCUCCAGCCCUGCCUGCUUGGGGCACAGCCACCUCCCAGUUGGGGAGCACUGGGGCUGCCUGGUGUGCCUCCUCCAUGCCCACCACUCCCUCCUCACCCCCUGUUCCUUGGUGCAGGGGGAAGGCACAAAGGGUUCCCCCCUGACCAUGGGGUUACCCCCGGCUGGAUCCACAUGCUGCUAUUUGUGUGUGUGCGUGAUGUACGUGUGCGUGUGCAGAAUUAGCUAACGACAGAGGUCUGGUAGGCCGGGGGAGAGGGAAGAGGAGACAGCCCUUGGCUUCAGACUGCUCCAGCAGGGCUCCCAGCCUGCCUGCACCAGGUGGAGAGGCUUUGGGAGAAGGACCUCAGGGCACUUUGCUGGGCAGCACGGGUGGGAGGGCAGGCGAUGCCAUUCCCAACCCUGGGACAUGGAAGCUGGGAAGAGGGUGGUCUAGGUACUGGAACUGUGCCUUGCCCUUAGGCCCUGACUAUGGGUGUAGGGGGGCACCCAAACCCAGUGCUUACAUGCCUGUGGUGCCCAAGCAUUGGCAGGGCUGGAAGGGCAGGCAUGAAACUCCAGAGUUGGUGACACAAAUGCUGCUGGAGCAAGGGACUCUGUAGUGGGACCCAAGCUCUGCUCAAAGCCAGUAUUGUACCCACCUGGCCAGGCAUGCCCAUGGGGAUGCUGUGACCUCAUGGGGGGCUCUAGCUGGCAAGAGGGGGCUGCAGAGGCAGGGGUGUGGGCAGGAAGGUGCAGGUGUCAGCCAGGCAUGGGCACACACUGGUAGGGAGACCUGGAGCUGCAGCCAUAUGUGGGGAAGGAAAGCAUCAUGGGGGAAAAGCGCUCCCUCCCUUGCCUCUGUGCAUCCUGCCCUGAGCUGGCUGACCCCACAGACAUGCCUUUCCCACCCCAAAGCUAAACCAUUCCUCAAGCUCCAGACCCUGCCUGGCCCAUCCUCCCUGACGCCCCAGCACCCAAAACCCUCAGGGUAACUCAUUGCUGCUCACCCGCUCCCGGGACCUGGGGGGAAUGCUGUCAGAGCUGCAGCCACGCUUCCCCCCUCAAACUUCUGUCCAGAGUCUCAGCCCCCCCCGGCUCCAUGUUAGCAGAGGCAAGAAGGUCUGGGGGGGGCUGUGACCCGUGUUCCCCCUGCAGCAUCAUGCGUCUUUAUUUAUUGACCUGCUCUUUGUACGUGCCAUGGAUGGGAGGCAGCGUGGGCACGUGCAGGUGAGACGGGGGGGGGGUGGGGGGGGUGGGUGAAACUGUUUGGUUGGGGGAUGAUUAUUUUUUUUUUAACAAAAAGCAGAAAUUAUUUAAUUGUUUUAAAGCACAGUUUUCAUGGUGAUCGAUGUCCAGGGCAAAGUAAGAGAGUGCGAGCACGGCCGACUGCAGGUGUGUUUUUUGUCUCUUCACUGGAUGUAACUUUCCUGGUCGGGGACAUGGCCAAAUAAAUCCGUCAUCUCCCA